AGGUGAUCUACGCCAUGCGGGGCUGGAUCGCCUUCGUGGCCUUCAUCGACGUGGGCAUGGCGGUGCAGUGCUACCUGGACGCCGACUCCUUCCUCGGGUCGCAGCUCUACACGGCCGGGGACAUCGCCGAGCACGAGAGCAGAGUUUGUGGUUUCCAGCCCCUUUCCUGGCGCGAGGGAAGGGUUCCAAGUCCCCUGCAUCAACACAUUUAUUAUAGAGCAGAGAAGGAGGAGGAUCCAAGUCUCUUUUAUCACCGGGAAUAUUGCACGCCGAGAAUUAAGACAUUCAGAGUUCAUUAUAUCAUCUUAUGCUUGAUAAAACACCCUGUUGUGAGAGAAAAUCUUGUGGUGAAAUAUUCAGAGAUCACUAAAAGCAUUUGGAAUAUGAUUCAGCAGAAAAAAGUUCACGAUGACAUACAAGAGGAUAUAAAGUAG